AUGAAUUACCUUCUUUAUUUAAUCUUACUCAUUGUAUUCAUCAGUUAUAAAAUAGUUGACCGUGUACAUUACACGAGAAAGGCCAAAGCAUAUGGCUGCAAGCCAGCCAAGCAAGUGCCUUACAAAACCCCAUUUGGUUUAUUUGGAAUAGAAUUCCUAUUAUAUCUCAAAUAUCAUCAUGAUCGUGGUCGGGCACAUGAAGGAUUAGAUGCUAUCUUUGAGAAAUUGAAUACAACAACAAUUGCCACUACUGUUGGUAUUGAACCUGAUGUAUUCACUGCUGAACCAGAAAAUAUUCGUCACAUGGUCUCAACAUCUCAUACAUCUGAAUUCAAUUUGGGAGUUAGACUAGAAGUGUUUUCACUUUUGUUGGGAGAUGGCAUUUUCUCAAGUGAAGGAACAAGUUGGAAACAUUCAAGAAUGAUGCUUAGACCUUUCUUCACUAGAGAAAGCAUCAAGCAAAUUCAAUCAAUGGAACCAUUUGUUCAAGAUAUAAUCAAAGCCAUCAAGCAAGCACAGGAGAAGACGAUUGACAUGCAAGAGAUUUUUCAAGAUUUUACCAUGGACUAUUCCACGUAUUUUUUGCUUGGUGAAAGUUGUGAUUGUUUGAAAACUUAUCUUGGUGAACCUACAAAUGGGUCAAUUACUAGUGAAGCCAAAACAAAAUUUGCCGAAACGUUCGAUAAGGGAGCUGAUUAUAUGUUGUGGAAAUUAAUGGCAGGUCAAUUUCAUACAUUGUAUCAACCUCCACAAUUGUUCAUUUAUAUCAAGAAUCAACAUGAUUUUGUUGAUUAUUAUGUGAAGAAGGCAUUGAAUAUGAGUGAAAAAGAUUUGCAAGAUUCGUCCAAUGAUGGAACCACGUUUCUAUAUGAUUUAGCUCAACAAACUAAAGACCCCAAGGUACUUCGUGACGAGAUAUUGAGUAUUAUCGUUGCUGGAAGAAGUACAACUAGCGCCUUAAUGACUUUCUUGUUUCUUGAACUUGGGCUUAAUCCCAAUGUGUUUGAACGAUUGAAAGAUAUAAUCAGGGUACAGUUCCCCGAUGUUGAAUCCAUUACAUUUGAAUCAAUACAACAAUGUGAAUAUUUACGUUGGUGUAUAAACGAAACAUUGAGGUUUGACCCGCCAGUCCCAUUCAAUUCAAGAACAGUGACUCAAGACACCAUUUUGCCUAAAGGUGGAGGCGAAGAUAAUGAAUCACCAGUGUUUGUUAAAAAGGGAACCAAGAUUGUAUACCCAUUAUGGACAGCACACAGAAUGGAGAAAUAUUUUGGUAAAGAUACAUACAGCUUUAAUCCAGAUAGAUGGGGUAGCUUGCAUGCUAACGGAGGUGUCGCUUUUAUGCCCUUCGGAACUGGACCUCGUAAUUGCCUAGGACAACAAUUGGCGUUACUUGAAACUAGUUAUGUUACUAUUCGUUUGUUACAGACCUUUGAUUCGAUAAAGCUGGAUAUGGUUGAAGUUAAAAAGAAAUCGACGGCAACUAUGGUGUUGAUGGAUGGAUGUAAGUUAACUUUUGGGUAG